GGCGGAAGUGACGUCACAGGCGACCGAAAAAACAUCCCGGGGCGGCUCUCUGCGAAGCCAGUUCCGCUUCCGAGGUUGGAGGUCGGGCGGCGCUGAGGCACCGGGCGGGCGAGCGAGCGGAGCGGCCACGAUGCUGAUAAAAGUGAAGACGCUGACGGGGAAAGAGAUUGAGAUUGAUAUCGAACCGACAGACAAGGUGGAAAGAAUAAAGGAGCGGGUGGAAGAAAAGGAAGGCAUCCCACCUCAACAGCAGCGACUCAUCUACAGCGGCAAGCAAAUGAACGAUGAGAAAACGGCGGCCGACUACAAGAUCCAGGGCGGCUCAGUCCUCCACUUGGUCUUAGCCCUGCGUGGCGGCCUGCGAUGAUGGCGUCCCCCGAUACCCGUCGUGCCCCCCCUUUCCCCAAAGCCACCGGAUGUGGGUGACCCUCGCCCCUCGCGUCCAUGGGAGGCCCGUCGGAUUCGGCGCAUCUCGCAGCCCCCCGUUUCGUCCGAAUCCCGGGAGGACGGCCUGCCAAAUGUCUGUUCCUUGGCGAGCUGUCCUCAGAGAGGGUUGUGGGUGGGUUGUGUGUUAGGGGAGGGGGGUGCUCUUUAAGUUAUUGGGGUGUAGCAUCCGGCCGGCUGCGUGUGGGUAAGGGUCCAUUUGCUGCUUUUCGGGGCCUCCCCCCUCCAUGGGUUGAAAAGUCUCUCUUCUUCCCUGUUCGUCCCCCCCAUCGUGGCUCAUAAAUGUUCAAAUAAACGUUUCACAACCAUCA